GAACACGUAUUUGACACAAUCAAAACAAAACGGCACCCGCAAUUUUGGUCGGAAAAAGUGAAAUCUCUUGAAAAAGUGAUGAAUGUCUCGUGGAAAUUGCGAGAAUAGUUCAAAUUUCCACGUUCGACAUUGCGAGCUUUUAGUUCAGUGUGAAAUAAUAACCGAGGAACGACAAUUCCUGUCCCAAAAUGAGCGACAUCCAAACAUGGUACAAACAGGUUCCGAUGUUCACUCGGCUGUGGCUCUCGGCCACGGUCGGAAUCAGUUUACUGGCCCGCUUUGGAAUCCUUCCACCACAGUAUCUGAUCCUGCAGCAGUAUCCACUGUUUAAACAGUUUCAGCUAUGGCGACCGAUGACGGCAGUCUUCUUCUACCCACUGAAUCCGGCCACCGGGUUCCACUUUAUGUUAAAUUGCUUCUUCCUAUACAACUAUUCGCUUCGUCUGGAGACCGACCACUUCAAGCAGAAACCGGGGGAUUACUUCUACUUGUUGUUCUUCAACUGGAUUCUUUGUGUCUUGAUUGGGCUGGUCAUUGAACUUCCCAUUUUGAUGGACCCAAUGGUACUCUCCGUCCUGUAUGUUUGGUGCAAACUGAAUAAGGAUGUCAUUGUGAACUUCUGGUUCGGUACUCGCUUCAAGGCCAUGUACUUGCCGUGGGUUUUGCUGGGAAUGAAUCUGAUUCUUUCCUCGGGAAGCAUCUUCUCAAUCGUCGGUAUUCUGGUGGGUCAUGCUUACUAUUUCUUGAAGUUCAUCUACCCACAGGAACUGGGUGGCCCAAGCCUGAUUGAAACUCCGUUCUUCGUCAAACGCUUUUUCCCGGAUGUCACCGGUGGAGUGCACGGGUUUGGCGUCCCUCCCGUCGGUCAGCGACCGGUCAACCAACAGCAGCCACAGCAAGGCAACGGAUUUGGAUUCCGACAUGCAUGGGGACGUGGCCAUAUUCUGGGACGCGAUUAAGGUAGGUUUCUGUGUCGACAUGUCGGAGUGUUCGGAAUUUGUAAAUAUAAUUGUGAACCAGUAGCUUUUUACUCAUCAUCUACCGAAGCUCUGUUCUCGCUGCAACGU